AUGGUACAGCACAAGAAGAUGACCAGACAACAGAGAAAAAAGAACAAUGAUCAUGAUAAGGCAUAUCAGAAUAUCUCAUCAGUUGAAAUGCAGAUGAAGGAAUGCCGAUCUCAACAUGAUGGCGCACAGAACAUAAUUCAGGAUCAUUUCUCUAUAAGGUCUAAAGCGGUUUAUGAAACUCCAACGAAACCAAUUUUACCCGACAUUACUAAUUCCCAAACGCUUUACAAAGAAGGAGGCUUUGAGGUUAAUCCAACUUCAUUUGCAAAUCAUGCUCAACCGGAAGACAUUCAAUAUUUCUCAACCAAUGGGGAAAGAGCUUUUUGUCCCAAGAGACGUCGUAUUGAGAAUGUCUCAAGUCUUGCUGAGAAUCUAACCCAUGAGCUUUAUCAUGACACCAGAAGAGAGGAUAUUUCAGCCUCAGAAGGUAUUCAAGGAGAUGACCACUUAUAUGAUUCAUUUAAUAUCAACCUUGAUGGCUAUCUUGAUGAGGGAAAUCCAGAAUUUGAAUGUCAAUAUUGUGGAGCUAUGCUAUGGUUCAAUGAGAGAAUAAAGAGAGCUCCAUCUAAUGAACGGCCAAUUUUUUCAAUAUGUUGCUCCCAUGGUAAAGUGUCUGUACCUCAUUUACAGACUCCUCCUGAACAGCUCCGUAAACUUUUCUUUGACAAAGGUGAUCCAAAAUCCAAAAAGUUCCAAUCAAGCAUUAGAGCAUAUAAUAAUAUGUUCUGCUUCACUUCAAUGGGAGGGAAGAUUAACCAUUCUCUAAACAGUAAUGGUGGGGGACCUUACACCUUUGUCAUAUCUGGACAGAACCACCACUAUAUAGGUAGUUUAUUACCUGAAGAAGGAGCUAAUCCAGUGUACUCUCAAUUAUAUAUUUAUGAUACGGAGCAUGAAAUAGCAAAUCGGCUUUCAGCAAUCAGGCAUGCAUCUGAUAUACUGAAGAGGGAUCGCCAUGCAAAUGUCAAGAUUUGCUUGAUAAGGCAUAUGGGCCCUGACAAUAGAUGUUAUAAUCUUCCAACAUCAUCAGAAGUUGCUGCACUAAUAGUUGGUGAUUUUGACAGAUCAUAUCACAAGAGAGAUAUUGUUGUGGAAAAACAAGGGACGCUCAAACGAAUAGAUGAAUUUCACAGGUCAUACCUACCAUUACAGUACCCACUGUUAUUUCAUUUUGGAAAUAAUGGUUAUGAUCCAAAUAUUAUGCACUCUACUCAAUCUCUCUACCACACAAGGAAGAAGAAAAAAUUGACUAUUAGAGAAUAUCUAGCAUAUAGAUUGAUGAACAGGAAGAAUGAAGAGUCUGUUAUUUUGCAUGCUAGAAGGUUAUUCCAACAAUUUAUUGUUGAUGGCUACACAAUGGUUGAAAGUGAUCGAUUGAAGUACAUAAGAGAUCAUCAAAAGGAAAUAAGAGCCGACCUAUACAAGGGAAUCUCUGAUGCUAUUACAAGAGGUGAAACAAAUGCAUCAAUGAUUGGAAGAAGAGUUGUUCUUCCAUCUUCAUUUACAGGUGGUGCAAGAUACAUGGUGAACAAUUUUCAGGAUGCAAUGGCAAUUUGUAAAUAUGCAGGUUAUCCAGAUAUAUUCUUAACAUUCACUUGUAAUCCUGCUUGGCCGGAAGUAAAGCGUUACUGUACCGAUUAUGAGCUUAAUCAAUCAGAUUGUCCGCAAAUUUUAUCAAGGAUAUUUAAAUUGAAAUUAGAUGCUCUCAUGAAAGUUAUUAGGGAACAAAAAAUAUUCGGCAAGAUUAGGGCAGAAAUAUACACAAUCGAGUUUCAAAAGAGAGGAUUGCCCCAUGCUCAUAUCAUUCUCUUCCUUGAACAUGAUGACAAGCCCAGAACACCAGAAGAUGUGGAUAAAUUAAUAUGUGCAGAAAUACCAGAUAAAGAGUUAGAUCCUGAGUUAUAUGAGCUCGUGGGUAAUUACAUGAUUCAUGGUCCAUGUGGACACUCUAACAAGAAUUCACCUUGCAUGAAAGAUGGAAAAUGCUCGAAGUACUUUCCAAAAAAAUAUGUCGACAAUACAGCUGUUGAUGAAGAAGGGUACCCUACAUACAGGAGGCGCAAAGAUGGAAGGACUAUAGAAAAAAAGGGCAUACCAUUAGAUAAUAGGUUUGUUGUGCCUUACAAUCCACAUUUGCUUAGAUUAUUCCGGGCUCAUAUUAAUGUUGAAAAAACAAACCAGUCAAGAGCAGUCAAAUACCUUUUCAAGUACAUUAGCAAGGGGAAUGACAGAGUUGUUGCAGGGAUUUACAGCAAUCCUGAUACAAGUAGCUCAGAAACUUCAUUCGAUGAGAUAUCACAUUAUCUCAAUUGUAGAUAUGUUUCACCUUGUGAAGCUGCAUGGCGUAUAUUUGCUUUUGACAUUCAUCAUAGAUAUCCUUCUGUCGAGCGUCUAUCCUUUCACUUGCCAGAACAGCAAGUAGUCUACUACUCUGGGAAGUCAUCUGUAUCAUCAUUACUAGACAAGCCAAGGAUGAAAGAAUCGAUGUUCUUAGCCUGGAUGGACUUGAACAAAUCUGGUGGGCUUGCAAAAACAAUGACAUACAUACAGAUUCCACAAUACUAUACUUUUGAUAAGAAUCAGAGAAUAUGGAAACCAAGGCAACGAGGAUUUGCAGUUGGGAGAUUAGCACAUGCAUCACCAACACAGGGAGAGAUCUAUUAUUUGCGGGUUCUCCUCACCAAAGCACGAGGACCUAAAUCGUAUGAGGACAUUAGAACUGUCGAUGGUAUUAUCCAUCCAACUUUUAAAUCUGCAUGUUAUGCCCUUGGUUUGCUCAACGAUGAUCAAGAAUUUAUUGAUGCAAUCAAGGAGGCCUCAAUCUGGGCAUCUGGACAUUACCUCAGAAAAUUCUUUGUUAGUAUGCUACUUUGCAACUGCUUAUCACAACCACUUUUAGUUUGGCAGAAAUCUAAGCAACUUAUUUUUGAAGAUAUGUUGUAUGUUGCCAGACCUCAACAACAGCUACCAGGAAUUAGUAUAACUGAUGAUGAGAAGGAGGAAGUUGCACUGAUUGAAAUUGAAAGAUUACUCAAGAGGAACGGGAAAUCUUUGAGUGAUUUCCCUUCAAUGCCAAAGCCAAAAACAGAUACACAUAUUGAUAUGAGGAACCAUUUAUUAUUGCAGGAGCUGAACUAUGACAGAGACAGCUGUAGAUCUGAAUCAGAUAAGUUAAGAGCUUCCUUAACAGAUGAGCAAUUGAAUAUAUUCAAUGAGAUCUUGAAUGCAAUUGACUCAUCAAAUGAAAAUUUCUUUUUUGUUUAUGGUUUUGGAGGUACUGGGAAGACAUUCUUGUGGAAUGCAUUGACUGCAACUAUUAGGGGAAGAGGUGAAAUAGUGAUAAACGUUGCAUCAAGUGGGAUUGCAGCAACGUUAUUACCAUCAGGCAGGACAGCUCACUCCAGGUUUGCAAUACCAAUAGAUAUAACUGAGGAAUCAAUGUGCAACAUAUCACACAACUCACCAAUGUCUAACCUCAUUAGAAAUACAAAGUUAUUCAUAUGGGAUGAAGCUCCCAUGGUUAGGAGAUAUUGCAUUGAAGCUGUUGAUAGAACAUUUAAAGAUAUCAUGAAGUGUGACCAUCCAUUUGGGGGAAAGUGUGUUGUCAUGGGUGGAGACUUUAGACAAAUAUUGCCGGUUGUUCCAAAAGGAGGCCGUGCUGAUAUUGUUGAUGCAUCAAUCAAUUCAUCUGAACUAUGGAAUCAUUGUAGAAUGUUUCAACUUACGAAAAACAUGCGCCUAUUAUCAAGUGGAGAUCAUGGUGACAAUUUGAAAGUCCAACAAUUCUCAGAGUGGUUGCUUCAAGUUGGUGAAGGUAAAAUAGGACUGCCAAAUGAAGGUGUUACAGAUAUUGAGAUUCCAAGUGAGAUACUAAUCCAAUCAUCUGAUAAUCAUAUUCAAUCCAUUGUGUCUGUUACUUAUCCAAACUUAAAAUACCAUAUCAAUAAUUCUGAAUAUCUGACCAACAGAGCAAUCCUUGCACCAACUAUUGAAGUGGUUGAUCAAAUAAAUGAUCAUGUUUGUUCAAUGCUUGAUGGUGAAUAUGUAGAGUACUUCAGCUCAGAUUCAAUAACUGCUGCUGAUCAAGACGUAGAGUUCCAAGAAUUAUACACUACUGAAUUCUUAAACACCAUCAACUGUUCUGGUCUUCCUCCUCAUAGAUUAGCAUUGAAAGUAGGAUGUCCUGUCAUGCUCAUCAGGAACAUUGAUCAAGCAUCUGGUCUUUGUAAUGGGACAAGACUUCAAACUACUUUCCUUGGUAAACAUUUCAUCAAAGCUAUAGCAUUGAAUGGCACAAGUGUUGGUCAAGAAGUCCUCAUCCAUCGCAUGGAUAUGAAUCCAUCUGAAACUAAGCUUCCAUUCACAAUGGUAAGGAGGCAAUUCCCCCUCAUUAUUUCAUUUGCAAUGACCAUAAAUAAGAGUCAAGGACAAUCAAUGACUAAUGUUGGUUUAUAUCUUCCAAGGCCAGUAUUCUCACAUGGGCAGCUGUAUGUAGCAAUGUCAAGGGUCAGAAGAAUUGAUGGUCUAAAGGUGUUGAUCGUUGAUUCGAAUAAUAAAUCAACCAACAUUACUACCAAUGUUGUAUACAGAGAGAUAUUUCAGAAUGUUCAUUGUCAUUAG